GAGUAAAACCCACAAACAAAAACCACCACUCUCCCUCCUUCCCUCCCUCUCUCCUCAGCUGCACUUCCAAAUUCCCUCCUCUACCUCGCAUCCUUUCUCUCUCUUCUCCUUCCACUUCUUGACUUUCCCCGCAAAAGCUCGGGGAAUUCUCCUGUUCGUUGGUUGGAUGCUGAGAUUUACGGGAAUGCCACUCUCCAUCUCCUUCACGCCUCUCCUCGAUUUCGGACUUCUCGUUUCCUCCUGGUGGGAUGAGAUCAACGACUCCUCUCAGUGGCAGGACGGCAUCUUCUACACUCUCUGUGCCGCUUACGCCCUUGUCUCCUCCGUUGCUCUGAUACAAUUAAUAAGGAUAGAGUUGAGAGUGCCUGAAUAUGGUUGGACGACACAGAAGGUUUUCCAUCUUAUGAACUUUAUUGUUAAUGGAGUGCGUGCAAUUGUGUUUGGAUUUCACAGACAAGUAUUCCAAUUGCAUCCUAAGGUACUGAUGUAUGUAUUACUGGAUCUUCCGGGUCUCUUGUUUUUCACAACAUACACGCUGCUUGUCCUAUUUUGGGCUGAAAUUUAUCACCAGGCAAGAAGCUUACCAACAGACAAGCUUAGAAUUUUUUAUAUGGCAAUCAAUGUUGGGAUUUACUUCAUACAGGUCUGCAUCUGGAUGUACCUCUGGAUAAAUGACAACAGUGUUGUGUUACUCGUUGGAAAAAUAUUUAUUGCAGUGGUUUCAUUUAUCGCUGCACUUGGGUUCUUGUUGUAUGGAGGAAGAUUAUUUUUCAUGCUGAGACGUUUCCCCAUUGAAUCAAAAGGGAGAAGGAAGAAGCUUCAUGAGGUUGGAUCUGUCACAGGAAUUUGUUUCACCUGCUUCCUUAUAAGAUGCUUUGUUGUUGUUUUAUCAGCAUUUGAUGCAGAUGCAUCACUUGAUGUUUUGGAUCAUCCAGUUUUGAACUUCAUCUACUACAUGCUAGUUGAGAUCCUUCCUUCAGCUCUAGUCCUGUACAUCCUGCGUAAGUUGCCUCCAAAGAGAAUAUCUGCCCAAUAUCACCCAAUCCGUUAGCCAAAAUGCUUCUUUGUUCGUUCUGCCAUUCUUUCCCCUUAGAGAAUGCAUUUUCAUGUUUGGAGGGUUAGAUGCUAUUGUAGUUGAGCAAGAGGAGGGCCAGAAAGGUUCCAGACGUAUUGUUCUGGAUGGCUCAUGGUGCGGGCAAUUUUUUUUUUCCUUUUUCAGCCUGUAUGUGCAUAUUACAUAGCCUUUUGCAGUGUGGUAAAUGGGAGAUUGUUGAAUUGAUUUUUCAAUCAGCUGUGGCAUAGAGGUUUUGGUCACUGAAUACUUAUGCAUUACUUGGUUGCCAAUUAGUAAAAGGAAAUUUUUUCUAUUGCUUCAUUGUAACUGUUGAUUCAUCCCUAAUCUGAGAGGUUUACCACCGUGUGCACACUGCAAAUAUAUAGUCUGGAUGAUC